CUAAGGAAGUGUUGAUGUUGUCCGGCAGCUAACGGAGAUUCACAUGAGUGACUGACUCCUCGUCUUCGGUCUGUUCAUGUCGUAAAUUUUCACUUCAUUGGUGUUCAAAUGGGAGGUAACAGCAGCACCCGGCGUGUGUCUUUUGAGUCAGACGAGAACGACAAUGUCAUGGUGGUGAAGGGCGUCCGGCUCUCUGAAAAUGUCAUCAAUCGCAUGAGAGAACCGACAGCUCCUCUGAAACCCAAGCAGGAACCGGCUCACCCUCUCUCCCCUCUACUUCAAAAGCCCCCUCCGUCCGACCCAAAAGUCUCCCUGCCACACUCUAAAGUAGAGACAGUGACCCACCCACCACUUGCAUCUCCUCCUCCUCCUCCUCCUCAGCCUCAGCCAGAACAGGUACCAGCACCCACAGUGAUUGACAUAGUGCUCCCCAUCCCACCACCCUCUGCUCCUGCUUCCCCCCCUGCUUCUGCUGCUUUUGAGCCAGACAAUGUUUCUGCCUGCGCCUCAGCUUCUGCUUCCCCCAAUGAUCCCAUCGCUCCAACUGUUCCACCCACUCCACCAGCUACGCUUGCUCCUCCUGUUCCAGAUGUGUCCUCAUCUGCUCCAUCUAUGUUACCUGUCACCAUUGAACCCAUCCUUUCUCCUGUACCUCAUCCCUCCCCCCAUCCUGCUGAGCCUGCCACGCCACCGCCUCGCCCCGCUUCAGGGGACACCCUGUCCCAGCAGCAUGUUGAGCCGCCAUCUAUCCCCCCCCUGCUUGAAACCAUUGCUCCUUGUGAACCUGUGACCCCUCCGUCUCAGCCCUCGGUGGAGACGGUGUCUCCUGCUCCUGUCCCUGAACCAAGUCCAGUCCCUCCUGCUGCAUCAGCUGUUGAUGAAGAGGCUCUGAGGAAGAAGAUUACUGAUGAACUGCAAAAGGGCCUGGAGCAGGAGCGAGCCAAGGCGGAGCGAGAUUUGCUGUCAUGGCUGGAGGCUGAAAAGGCCAGAUCGUCGGCUCAGGUUCAGGCUGAAGCUCAAAGCCAUGUCCGGAGUGAAGUGUCCAGACUCCUGUCAGCGGAGCGUGAUGCAGCCCAGCAGAGUGUGCAGCAGGCCAUCUUGAAGGAGAAAAUUGCCGCUGAGGAUGAGCAGCGCCGUGUGAACAUCUAUGCUAAGAAGCUGGCGUCCAAGGAGGCUGAUCUGAAUAGGCAGGAGGCCUUCUACCGGGACCAAGUGGCUCGCCUGGAGGAGUGGAGUGCUGAGAUCUACAAGAUCACCACGGACAACUAUCACAAGGCUGCUGACCAAGUCAAUGCCAAGUACAAGAGGUACGAGUGGCAUCCCGUGUGCGCUGACCUGCAGGGCCAGAUUCUGGCCUGCUACAAGGAAAACGCGGGAAAGACUCUGCUUUGCUCCAACCUCGCUGCCAAGUACCUGGAGUGUGUCAACAGCGCCAAGCAGACUGGCAAGUUUGCUGCGUCGUGGACAGAGGACAUAACAUGUUGAGGACCGCUGGGUAACAGAAGUGGAGGAGGGAGAAGAAACCAGAGUUGAUCGUGUGGGAUUACUGAUGAUGGAGGGAGCAGCAGAGUGAGCUGGAGAAGAGUGAAGAAGGGGAGGAGGAGUGAGUCAGCACGAGGACACACACCCCCGACGCCAGCGGCGCACACACACACACACACACACACACACACACACACACACCUGUGGUGCAGCACAGAGACACUCCUCUCCUCAGCCAGAUCUAUUUUUAGCAUCCAACCACCGCACUGUUGUGCUGCGGCCGUCAUGUCGCUCUGUGUCACCGUGGAAUAAACAAGUCCCCCAAACCUGCCGGCUUUUCUGCGCAGUUCUUCCAGCGGCUCUUCCUCUUGUCACCACGCUAGCGGCUUCGCUAACCUUCCAUCAAUCGCUAGCGGCUUCGCUAACCUUCCAUCAAUCGCUAGCGGCUUCGCUAACCUUCCAUCAAUCGCUAGCAGCUUGCUAACCUUCCAUCAAUCGCUAGCAGCUUCACUAACCUUCCAGCAAUCACUAGCGGCUUCGCUAACCUUCCAUCAAUCGCUAGCAGCUUCGCUAACCUUCCAUCAAUCGCUAGAGGCUUCGCUAACCUUCCAGCAAUCACUAGCGGCUUCGCUAACCUUCCAUCAAUCGCUAGCAGCUUCGCUAACCUUCCAGCAAUCGCUAGCAGCUUCGCUAACCUUCCAGCAAUCACUAGCGGCUUCGCUAACCUUCCAUCAAUCGCUAGCAACUUCGCUAACCUUCCAGCAAUCACUAGCGGCUUCGCUAACCUUCCAUCAAUCGCUAGAGGCUUCGCUAACCUUCCAGCAAUCACUAGCGGCUUCGCUAACCUUCCAUCAAUCGCUAGCAGCUUGCUAACCUUCCAUCAAUCGCUAGCAGCUUGCUAACCUUCCAUCAAUCGCUAGCAGCUUCGCUAACCUUCCAGCAAUCGGCCAGUGGUUCGGCCUGGAUGGAGCAGUUUCCUUCCCAACUGCAGAAGCUGCUUGACUCUGGUGAAGUGCCACCUGGGUCAGUCUGCAGCCCUGACCCCACCACCAGCCGUGGUCUGGUCUUGGGAGCCGUGAUGAUGGCGCAGGCGAUGAAGAGCUGCGCUGCUGCGCCCCACCUUGGCUCACGGAUCAGUUCUGGCCUGACGUCAGCCGCUUCUGUGGCUGGUUCUUGAUGUUGUGUUGCAGUACACAAUGUUGACAAAACAUAUUUGUGGACUGACAGAUUUGAAUGUGAGACGUGAGUGGUUUAAUCAAAACAAUAUUCUGUCAAACAAUUUCAAUAAAAGAAUGAGAAUAAAUUGGAAAAGAUGAUGAAAUUGCAAGGACUAAUGUCGUCCUGAAAAUGGCGGUGGCCGACAACAAAAGCAGGAGGAGAACCCAACACUUGCUCCGUGGCGCAGGUUUGGCGUGGUGCCGCUGGUGACUGGAGCCGCGCCUCCUCCAGCUCUCAGAGAAGCGAUUGGACGGUGGGAUGGGAGAGGAGGCAGAUGGCAGGCCGCUCGCGCCUCUGCUCGGCUGAUGGCUCUAUUCAUCAGGCCGCCGCCGCCGCCGCCGCCGCCGCUCCUCCUCCCUCAAGCUCUGCACCAAGCCAGGAUUGAUGGAGUCAGCGCUCCACUCUCCUGCUCUUAUUUAUUUGUCCUUCUUUAGUUCAGUCCGCACCUUUUUUCUCUGAGCCCCCGCCUGAAGCGGAGUCAGGGGCCUCGGCCGUGACGCUGCUGCGGCCAGGAGCAGGAAGUCUCUUCCUUCCUGUUCAGUCCGUCUCACUUCCACACGUCACCUCGGAGCACAGCUUGUUACGGACCAGAACCAAGUCGCACUUGUUUCCAAAUCGCUGGAACUCCAGUUGAUUCCCACAGUCCAGAAGAGUUUCAUUUAGAAGAAGGGUCAUGACUUGCACAGUAGCGCCCCCCAGAUAUACUAGCAGG